CUUCGUUGAUGAUGAUAUAUGAGUUCUUUGAAACGAAGUGGCUGCACACCGCUUCGGUGAAAAGCUGAGCAUGAUUUCUCCUUAGUAAAAAUAUUAAUUUGUUUACAAUUCAGAUACUCUGUUCUUGAUUAAGAUGUGAUGAUUGUGAGUUAUAGUUUAUGUGCUGGUUUGAUCUUGGUGUUUGAUGAAGUUGCAUUGUUUUCUUGGUUUAGCGCAUUUGCUUUGACCACAUUAGCUUAGAAACCUUGUUUUUCUUGGUGUCAUAUCAUCAUGACACAGCUAACACUACCUCAUCCUUCUUCCUUCACCUAUGAAUGGAUUUAUGAUGUCUUCCUCAACUUUAGAGGUGUUGAUACCCGCAAAAAUUUCACUGGAAAUCUCUACAAUUCUCUUCAUGAAAGGGGUAUUCACACCUUCAUUGAUGAUGAAGGACUCAACAAAGGUGAAGAAAUCACACCAUCUCUUCUCCAAGCCAUUCAAGAUUCUAGGAUUUUCAUUGCUGUUUUCUCUAAAAACUAUGCGUCCUCUACAUAUUGCUUGAAAGAACUUGUCAUGAUCCUUGAGUGCUCAAAGGCACAAGGACGGUUGUUUUGGCCUGUUUUUUAUGAUGUGGACCCAUCACAAGUUCGGCACCAAAGUGGGGCUUAUGCAGAAGCUUUGGCUAAACAUGAGGAGAGGUACAAAGAUGACAAGGAUAUGGUCAAAGAAUGGAGGAAGGCUUUAUUUCAAGCUGCUAAUAUGUCUGGAUCACAUUUCCUACUCGGUUCUCAAUCAGAAUAUCAAUUUAUUAGAAAGAUUGUUGAAGAAGUCUCUACAAAGAUCAAUCGCUGUCCUUUAUAUGUUGCUGAUAAGCCGGUUGCAUUAGAGUCUCGAGUGCUAGAAGUGACAUCCCUCCUAGGACUUGGGUCUGAUGAGGGAGUCAACAUGGUAGGCAUUCAUGGAAUCGGUGGGAUAGGAAAAUCAACACUUGCUCGAGCUGUAUAUAACUUUAUUGCUGAUCAAUUUGAUGGUUUUUGUUUCCUUGCUGACAUACGAGAAAGGGCAAUUGAUAAUCAUGGUCUUGUACAACUCCAAGAAACAUUACUCUCUGAACUGCUUGGGGAGAAAGAUAUUAAAGUGGGAGAUGUUAACAGAGGAAUUCCAAUAAUAAAAAGGAGGCUUCAUCGAAAGAAGGUCCUUUUGAUUCUUGACGAUGUUGACAAACUGAAGCAGUUAAAGGUAAUUGCAGGAGGACAUGAUUGGUUUGGCUCUGGCAGCAGGAUCAUAAUCACAACAAGAGACAAGCAUUUGCUAGCCACUCAUGGGAUUGUAAAAUCAUAUGAGGUUAAACAGUUGAGUGAUGAUAAAGCUCUUGAAUUGUUUAGUUGGCAUGCCUUUCAAAAAAACAAAAUUGAUUCAAUUUAUGUGGAUAUUUCAAAAAGCGCAGUUUCUUAUGCUCAUGGCCUUCCAUUGGCUUUGGAGGUGAUAGGUUCUCACUUGUUUGGCAAAAGUUUAGAUGUAUGGAAAUCUGCAUUGGCCAAAUAUGAAAGAACUCCUCAUCAAGAUAUCCAUAAAACACUUCAAAUUAGCUAUGAUGAUUUGGACAAAGAUGAGAAGGGAAUUUUUCUUGACAUUGCUUGUUUCUUCAAUUCUUACGAAAUACUCUAUGUCAAACAAAUACUGUACUUACAUGGUUUUCAAGCGGAAGAUGGUAUUCAAGUGUUGAUUGACAAAUCUCUCAUAAAGAUUGACCCCAAUGGUUUCGUGAAGAUGCAUGACUUAAUUCAGGUUAUGGGCAGAGAAAUCAUUAGGCAGGAAUCAGAAUUGGAGCCUGGCAGACGCAGUAGAUUAUGGUUUAACGAAGACAUUGUUCAUGUUUUGGAAGAUGAUACGGGAACUGAUACAAUUGAAGCUAUAAUCAUCAACCUGUGCAAAGACCUAGAAGUGAAGUGGAGUGGAAAAGCCUUCGAGAAGAUGAAAAACCUGAGAAUUCUUAUAAUCAGAGAUGCACGCUUUUCUAGAGGACCUCAGAAUCUACCAAAUAGCUUGAGAGUGCUUGAUUGGAGUGGGUAUCCAUCACUGUCUUUACCAUCUGAUUUUAAUCCAAAGAAUCUUGUGAUACUUAGUCUGCCUGAAAGUUGCCUUAAAUUAUUUAGACCGCUCAAGGUGUUUGAGUCAUUGAACUUUAUGGAUUUUGAAGAUUGCAAGUUCUUAACUGAACUACCUAGCUUAAGUGGUGUACCUAAUUUGGGGGCACUUCAUCUUGAUAAUUGCACUAAUUUAAUUACAAUUCAUGGUUCGGUUGGAUUUCUGGAUAGGCUCGUGUCAUUGAGUGCUCAAGGAUGCACGCAGCUAGAAAUAUUGGUACCCUCUAUCAACUUGACAUCUCUAGAAACUCUGGAUCUAAGAGGUUGCUCACGUCUUGUGAGCUUCCCAGAUGUUUUGGGAAUAAUGGAGAAUAUAAGAGAUGUUUAUUUAGACCAGACUGCCAUACGUGAAUUGCCAUUUUCAAUUGGAAAUCUUGUGGGGCUCCAACGAUUGUUCUUGAGGAAAUGCCAAAGCUUCUUCUGCCUACCAAGUAGCAUCCAUAGAUUGCCUAAACUUGAGAUAAUAACAGCUAAUGGUUCUAGGGGAUUUCUCUUAUCUGAGGAUAAAGAAAAAGUGUGCUCAAAAGUGUUUCCAAAAGUCAUGGCUAUUUAUAUUGGAGGCACUUGGUUCUUCCUUGAUGUGUAUUAUCUAAAUAUAAGCCCCUAUAAUGUCAUAGAAGUAUGUAGACCUUCGCCUCCCCAUGUUGAUGGACUUGUGGAAUCUGAUUUUCUAUGGUCUAAACUGAUUAGCGGAGCGAGGGAAAUGUCGAUGUGUUUUUGGUUCCGGAACAAAUUCCCCAAGAUAGCUCUAUUUUGUAAUACAGAACCUGGCAUUAAUCAAGACAAUGCGGUGUUGGAUUUCAAGCUCAGUGUAGUCAUCAAUGGCACUAAGCAAUUCAGUUCUUCAUGUAACUACAUAUUUCAUAGACCAGGAAUGAGGAAUAUAAUGCUUUGCUGUGAUCUACAAUGCAAGGUGGAGAGUGUAUUUUCAGAGCAUGAAUGGAAUAAGGUAGAGAUUUUUUGGGAGUUAGAAUACCCCAUGCCAUGUGAUUCUGAAAGGGUGGGGGCCACAAUGAGGAUUCCAAAACGGUGCUUCAUUUAUCUCCAUAGAGGAAACAAGGAGGAGGAUUUCAAAUUAGAAAAUUCCUGAUGUCCCUCUAUCUCUCUUUCAGGAAUGUCAAGAGAUGCAGAGAAUAAAGGAAAAGACGUUCAGGCUUCUACUUCAAUCGAAUCUGCAUCAUCUUGUAAUAUGUUUGGUAUGGACAAUGAUUAUUUUAUUUUUUCAGUCAUUUGUUAUAUGAAAUUUAAGUAACACGUAGGUCUUUAA